AUGGCAUGCCCUGAGCUGCAAGAGAUUGAACGUAUGGCAUGCCAUGACCUGCACUACGAGAGGAUACCAGCCAUGCGGCAAAACGAGCUGCGCAACCCCACUGCCUCUUUUCUGCGCACAGUCACGAAGGAUGUGGCCGUGGAGCCAGGGCUGCAACCCCUAACCGGCGAACAGCUUCGCCACCGCACAGCCAUCCGCGACGAUGGCGCACGCCUUCAUGUUACUGCCAGUGGAGUGAGUUGGAGACUUGUGGCGUAUAGACAAUACACAUGGUUUACCCAUGGGUACCUCGGACGCAAGCAGCGGCGUGUGAUACCAUCUUGUGUGGUAUCGAGGAUAAGGCAGCUGUACCCAGAAGCCGAUGCGGAUGCGUACCGAGGCUUUGAGGAAGCAGAUGGACAUGACGCUUCUUGGCCUGGUUGA